CCCAGUCAUUCGGUCACGACACGCGAUCACGGCAUGUCGUCGGUACGCCGCGUGCACGGGACAGCCGCAGUUGUUGUUGCGUUCGUAGUUUUUCGGUUAUCGCGUUUGUAUAAUAUUUGUAAUAACAAACGAUUAUAUAUAUUAAUGUAGUGCGCGUUUCGUCAUAAAACGAUAUUUAAAUAUUCAAUUCGAAUAUCACCAUAUUUUAGUGUUUCGUUCCACAGACGGCUGUCGGCUACAGUUUCGCGGUAAAUAAAAAAUUAAUAUUAUUUUUAAUUAGGUCGAAAAGAUGUAUUUCAUUCUAACCGCUAAAAGUCUACUGUGGGCCACGUUGAGCGUGGUGUCCACCAUUACUCUAUUCACGGCCAUUUACUCGCCGAAAUGGCUCAUCGGACCUACUGAUUACAACUGUCUAUCGAGCAAAUCGUUGCCCGCUGAAACGAACAACACCGUAGACUCGCCGUACUACGAAGUGCGCUGCCGCCCGUCCGUGGGCAUUUACUACCGGUGUAAGAAAAUCAACGGUAACCAGCACUGUGGUUCGUUCGCUGUCGAAGGACUGGCUACGGAUUCAACGAUGUUCCCGUUCGUAUGGAAGGUUGGCCUGGUGUUAAUGUCCGCUGGCGUUUUCGUCAGUUUUUUAAUGGCUGCUUUGGCCGUGGUCAGCUUUUGCAAACAAUCAAUAAGCAAGAAAAGCGUGUUUGGGAUAGCUGGUUCUGGGCAAGGACUCGCCGUUUUACUCUAUCUGAUCGGUGUUAUUUGUUUCGCCGCUGGUUGGGGUUCGGAACGCGUGGUGAUGCUGUGUGGUACUCAAUCCGUGCCUUUUGUCUCUGCGGAUUGCACGAAUGGAUCAGGUUUGUACACUGCAGCUUUUGGUAUUGUUCUCACUUUCGCCACUGCCAUGUUGUCGGGGCCAGCGGACCGGGCAACGUCUAGCGACAAAGUAGCACUUCAACUCGAACAAGGAGAAAAUAUUGUCUUUUUAUUAUAA